UUAAAAAUAAAAAAUAAAAAAUGUCAUUUUUAUCUAUAUCUUUAUUUCUUUCUAUUUUCUUCUUCCUUUUGUUCUUCACACCAUCUUCUUCUUUAUCUUUGUCGUCUUUUCCUUCUUCGUCUUCUUCUUCUGUUGCGUGCAAGUCGACAUUAUACCCUAAACUAUGUCGUACCCUUCUCUCCACAAUUCGAAACUCUCCUUUUGAUCCGUACAGUUACGGCAAGUUUUCCAUCAAACAAAGUCUCAAACAGGCCACAAAACUCGAAAAAGUCUUCAACGACUUUCUAAACCGCCACAAUCACCAAUCCAAUAAUAACUCUUCCUCUCUAAACAAUGCUGAGGUCUCUGCAAUCGUCGACUGCAGAGACCUCAACAAGCUCAACGUGGACUAUCUUUUGUCCAUAUCCGCUGAGCUCAAAUAUGCUAAUAACAAUGAUUAUUAUUAUUCCAACGGCGCCGCGGAGCUCGUCGACAAGAUCGAGAGCUAUCUCAGCGCCGUGGCCACCAACCACGAGACGUGUUACGAUGGGUUGGUGGCCACAAAAGGUGGGAUAGGUAACGUGCUCGCGGCGUCGUUGAAGGGUGCCACAGAAUUAUACAGUGUGUCGCUUGGGUUGGUGAGUGUGGCUCUUGAUAAGAACACGAAGAAGAAUAAUAAUAAGACCCGCAAACAUGGCCUUCCAACCAAGAACUUUAUGGUUAGGGAGCCACUUGAGAAGCUCAUUAAGCUUCUUCGAACAAAGUAUAGUUGCAAGAAGAAUUCAAAUUGUAGCAGAAGCGAAAGGAUUCUAAAAGAAAGCAAAAGCCAAGGGAUUCUAUUGAAAGAUUUUGUGAUAGUGAGCCAUUAUGAAGGGAGUGAUAACUACAGUUCAAUUGGAGAAGCCAUUGCUGCUGCACCAAAUAACACAAGGCCAGAAGAUGGGUAUUUUGUUGUGUAUGUUAGAGAAGGGUAUUAUGAGGAAUAUGUUGUUGUUCCAAAAGAAAAGAAGAACAUUUUGCUCAUUGGAGAUGGUAUCAACAACACUAUUAUCACUGGCAAUCAUAGUUUCAUUGAUGGUUGGAGUACUUUCAAUUCUUCUACCUUUGCUGUUAGCGGAGAAAGAUUUAUUGCGGUGGACAUUACUUUCAGAAACACCGCCGGACCGGAAAAACACCAAGCCGUGGCUGUGCGAAACAACGCCGACCUCUCCACAUUCUACCGUUGCAGCUUCGAAGGCUACCAAGACACGCUCUACGUCCACUCUCUCCGACAAUUCUACCGAGAAUGCCACAUUUACGGCACCGUUGACUUUAUCUUCGGCAACGCCGCUGUAGUCUUCCAAAGCUGCAACAUCUACGCCAGAAAUCCGAUGGCCAAUCAAAAGAAUGCUGUGACUGCUCAGGGAAGAAACGAUCCUAACAUGAACACCGGAAUCUCGAUCCAUAACUGCAGCAUUAGUGCUGCACCGGACUUGAAUACUUCGUCCACCGUGACCUACUUAGGUAGGCCAUGGAAGGAGUAUUCGAGGACGGUGUAUUUGCAGUCUUAUAUUGGUGAUCUCAUAGAACCUUCUGGAUGGUUGGAAUGGAAUGGAACAAUUGGGUUGGAUACUCUCUUUUAUGGAGAAUUCAAUAAUUAUGGACCUGGUUCUAACACUAGUAAUAGAGUUCAUUGGCCUGGUUAUGUGCUUUUGAAUGCUACACAAGCUUCUAAUUUUACUGUUCUUAAUUUCACUUUGGGGAAUACAUGGCUUCCAGAUACAGAUAUACCCUAUACUGAAGGCUUGUUGAAUUAGAUCAGACUGAAAAGGAGCAGAAGAUGCAGGAAUCCAUCUUUGGCCACCAAGAAAAGUCUUGACUGUAAACUUGCUAGCUUGUUUAGAAGAAAUAGCUCUCAAGCCCUUCCACUUGACUCUAUUUGCUGUAGAAGCC